CUUUCCACCAUCUCUGCUGGUUGCAUAACCAACGAACAGUUGUUCCGCUACCUUGAGCUUCGCGAAUGGAUCGGCCGAUCGAACACUUGUUCCAUUCACUUCUCCCUCCCUCCCUCGACAAUGGAUCGGCCGAUCAUUCGCCAUGGUCGGAGUUGUGCUUCCGUUUGGAUUUGAUUGCCUAUGGACUGGUUCGCCCAAGCGAAGACGGUGCGGCUUCGCAGCCACCAGGAGAAGUACCUGGUGGCAGAGGACGACGGGGAGCACGUCACCCAGGAACGAGACGGCUCCGGCCCCUCCGCCCUGUGGGCGGUCGAGCGCGUCGACGACGCUCCCCAUGCUAUCCGUCUUCGCAGCUACUUGUACGGGCGCUACCUCACCUCCACCGACGAGUCCUUCCUCCUUGGCGUCACUGGCAAGAAGGUCCGCCUCACUCUUCCUCCCCGCCUCGAUUCCUCUCUCGAGUGGGAGCCCCUCCACGAGGGCGCCCAUGUCAAGCUCAAGAGCCGCUACGGCAACUACCUCCGCGGCAAUGGCGGGCCCCCGCCCUGGCGCAAUUCUAUCACUCACGACGUCCCCCAUCGGCACCAGGACUGGAUUCUGUGGGACCUCGAGAUUGCUGAGCUCCUUGAGAAGAAGCCGGCGUCCCCUGCAUUGUCAGAGGUCGAGUCAUUUUCUUCUUCUGCCACACUGCACAAGGUUGAAGACCGAAGCAUCUAUUAUGCUGUUGCAGACAACAAGGGGAAUGUGGAUGACAUUGUUGAAUGGCCGUCCGUCACUUUCAAUGGGACAAGUGUACCAGAGCUGACUGAGAAAUUGAAAGAGGAAACUCACCUUGAUGAUAUAAUUGUUUGCACCAGGAAUCCACUGAACGGUCAACUAAUUCCUCUUCUUCUGCACCUGCCACCAAACAAUACUACGAUUCAUCUUGUGGUCGUUGAAGCCAAUUCAAAAGUGGCAAAAGAUUUCAGCAUGUAAAAGGAAGGAUUUCAAUAUUGCUGACAAUGAGAACCCAUUCACUGUAUCUGUCUGGUUGAGCUGCUGUGCAUCUUUUGGUCCAUCUAUGCCCCUGUUCUGUUCAAUUAUUGAGGAUUGCAAAGAUGCUGGAGGAUUUCAUUCUAUUGUUCAUUAUUUGCUUGACAAUCAAGAUAUCUAUACCGACCGACCUGUUAUGCAUCUGGAUGUGUUUCAUUUUCGCUAAGAUCAUGUGUAUCAUUAAAA